ACUGAGCAACUGACACUGCCGAUAGUGAAACACGAAGGAGAAACUCGAAAGUUAUGGCUGUCAGUCGAGUUUGUUUGGUCUGCGUUCUCACGUAGACCGACUUUCGCCGCUAACAUUUUUGUAUCGGUGCGCAGGCGAACAGUGUAAAAUGUCCAGCCGGGCUUUACGGAGGUUAAAAGGGAAACAGCGGGGUCAAGAAGCGGUUGUCGUCGAGGAGCUAACUUCGCCACAUGGCCCCGAUGAGCUUGCUGAAAGCGAGGAAGAGCAGCUGGACACGGCCGCUGUCGACUCAGCGUUACGUCCAAAUGGCAGUAAUCGAAAGUCAAAGAAAAACAAGGAUCGUAAAGACAUAUGUGCCAUUUUGGAGAUGCUAAGUGAUGCAGAAAAAGUCUCCGCCGAAGAGGAGCCAGAACAACUCAAUGUAAACAAAACAAGUGACAAGCCUUUGGCUAGUGUUAAGAAAAAGAAGAAGAAAAAGAAGACAAAAGUUAAAGCCGAAAAUGGACAGGAACCAAAAGCACCAGAUGACAACAUUGAUUUAUUGCUGGAAAAUUUAGAGCACUCAAAUGGUUUGACAUUGCAAAAUGACUGUAGUGGCUGUGACAGAAGACCUGUCUUGCAUGUGGAGCACAGGAAUCUGAACCCUGAGACUGAGCUGAAGAAAUAUUUUGGGGCUCGAGCAGUUUUGGGGGAUCAAAGACCGCGACAGCGAAAUAGACAGUUUCAUCGCAGCACAUGGAUGACCAGCCCAAAGGAAAGUUGGCCUCGAUUCAGCCGCCCAGGAAUCUCAAUGACCUUACUUGAGUCUAAAGAUGGCAUUCAGUACUUCACCUUUGAACAUAGUCGUGACUACCAACAAGUACAGUUCAAGUUCCUGGAUGCCGUUGAGUCUAUGGACCCAAACAACAUUGUGGCUUUGCUGCAACUGAAUCCCUACCACAUUGAUUCUUUGCUACAGCUUUCUGACGUCUGCCGUGUACAAGAGGAUCAGGAGAUGGCCAGAGACCUUAUUGAGAGGGCUUUGUACAGCUUUGAGUGCGCGUUCCACCCUGUAUUUAGUCUGACCUCUGGCACAUGCAGACUGGAUUAUCUCAGACCAGAAAACAGGGCAUUUUAUCUGACUCUUUUCAAGCACAUGAUGUUCCUUGAGAAGAGAGGAUGCCCCCGGACAGCUUUGGAGUACUGCAAAUUGAUCCUGAGUUUGGACCCAGAUUCUGACCCGCUUUGCAUGCUGCUGCUGAUGGACUUCCUAAUGCUCCGUUCCAGACAAUACGACUCUCUUAUUCAGCUUUAUGAGGACUGGGAGGAACACAGAAAUCUGUCCCAGCUGCCAAACUUCGCAUUCUCCACUGCACUCUGCCACUUCCAUCUCAGUCAGCAGGAGGAGAUGAAUCCCGAAGAAAGUGAUCAAGCAAAAGACAAAGCUGACAGAAUGCUACAGGAUGCGCUCAUCAUGUUUCCUGGAGUCUUGAUGCCUUUAUUGGACCUAUGCUCCGUGCAACCAGAUGCUACAGUCACCUCACAUGCAUUCUUUGGCCUAAGCAGUCAGAUUGGACAGCUGCCAGCUUUGGCUGAACUGACUGCCCUGUAUAUUGGGAGGAUGCACAGCCUUUGGAGGGAGGCAGCAGUAAUGUUAUGGUUGGAAGAGAGUGUGAAGGAGGUACUGUGUCGAAUUGAUGCAAAUGACCCACUGGUGGAGGAGUGCCGGAACAAGAGAAAGCAGAGAUAUCAGAGUGCUCCAUUAAACAUCCAUCGCCAUGUUCUACUCUCUGAAAUCAAAGAAGCCACAUCCAGUCUGCCUCUGGAGGUGACCACUCAGCCAGUGAUGGGAUUUGACCCACUCCCGCCAGUGGAUUCUGUGAUCUCUUACACCAGACCAGCAAGGCAGCGUGUUGGGGCUUCUAAUGAGAGCACAUUGUCGCUGUUUUUCCGCUCUUUGUUGCCCAACUUCAACCUGCAGGGUGGCCCAAGGCUGGAUGAGGGUGACUUGGAGGUGGCUCGUGCUGGACAAGAGCUAAACCAGGAAGUGAACCGUUUAAUGGUUGCAAUGAGAGACAUGCUGGCAAACAUUAGGUUUCAAGAGCCGCCGCGAGAGGACCAUCCUUUCAGAGAUGAAGAAGAAUGGGACUGAGUGGGACAUAUUUGAGUCUCUGACAAAUAGCUGAGAAACAAAGCGUGUGACUAAAUUAAAUUGCUGUCAAAUGAGCACCAAGAUAAUGGGGUUUCUUUGUUAUUUUAGUUUGAAACAUCAGUUUUAAUUUUAGCAAGAACCUCACUCAGUUUUGCUUUCAUUUUUAUCAAUGUUUAAUAAUGGUUCAGGAAUCAACAGGAAGUGACCCCGAAAUGCCUCAAAGUCAACAGGAAGCGACCCAAAAUAGCAACCGUGACAGAAAAUCUACCAUUGCAAUUUCUUCAGACAUUGCAUUUUCUAGUUCUGUUAAUAAUGGUUUGGGCCUCACUUGGGUCAGAUAAGCAAUUUUUUUAAUAUGCAUAACUCUACUUGAAUAUGUUACCUUCCGUAAUUAGUCUUUGGACUGUAAUCACUCUUUUUUUUUUUUUUUUUUUUUUUUUUUCUCCAUUCACUUGGGCUUUUGCAUGACUCAUCUACGUCUAUUCUCCCAUUCAGACUUUUGUACGACGACCAGUUUAGGAGCAAAUGAAAGCAAUACAUUAAAAAUAUUCUGCCAUUAACUUAUUAAUGGUGAACGACAUCAAAUCCAUUUUGAUUGAGAGGGUUUGCAGUCAAAAACCAGUCAUUGAGUGUAGAUGACUUUUUGUAAUAGAGGAAGGCCUGAACUUUGAUGAAAGCUUCCCCGUAGAGCAGCGAAUAAAGGAAAGACUGACUUGAAGGAAGGAAGGCCCUUUUAAAUCUUGUGCUGCCCAGAGUGCAUGUCAUGAAGAUUUAUAUAAGACAGACUUAAGUAGACGGGAGUAUGACACAAGGGACCACUGUAGGCCACUGUGACUUAGAUUUGUUUUUAUCACCAUUCAACAUCAUUUUUUGUGCUUCAACCACCACCAUAUAACAGAACACUUACUUGACUGUUUCCAGUCAUAUGCUGCUUUGUUGAUUUGGCCGCAUCUACCAGAAAGUCUUGUACAAUGGCGGGGAAAAUCUAAUAACUUCCUGACUUGGCAUCAGCUUUGUUAUUCUUGCAAAGACAACUUCUGGCAGAAACGUCUGAUUAACGUAAAGCAUGAGAAUACCCACCCGUGGUUGUCCGAGUGAAGUGUUAAGGCCUGCCAUCUUCUAUUCAGGGUCAACCCCCCAUUAUUUUUAUAUUUAGAAAACAAAAUCAGAUCAUGAAAAAUUAUGCAGACUGGUUUAAAUAGUUUUACCUUCCCUGACUUGUCAAAUGUAAAUCAUGCAUCAGUGGUAAUGUAUGUACACUUAUCUGACAUUAAAGGGAACUUCUGCAUCACACAGCUUAGAAUUAAGUGUCCUAAAUAAAAAUCUGUACUGAAUACAUAGUCUUUUUUUUGCUGGGACUCUCGCACAAUGGUUUUUAUCCCAACUACCAACUAAAAAUAAUUCUUCACUAUUAUCUAACUUAUUUACCUCCAAGCUAGUCCCCCUGGUAUCAACGAUGAAAUACAAACCUGAUUCUGUGGAGAGCAAUUCUUGAUAGCUUGAAAGUAGAUUUUCCAGAGGCAAUAGAAAACAACCUAAAAUUACAAAGCAAAUUUAUGUAAUAGUGAGGUAGAAAUUGUGUUUUGAAAUUAUUUGAAAUACCAAAAGACUCAAAUGUUGUCACAAAUGAAUAAACAUCAAUAUUGUCACUGUU